AUCGAGCACAGUUAUCCGAGUGCCGUGCCAGUGUUUGAUGCCUCGUUCGCUUUGCUCGUGCUGUUAUUUCUCCAAGGCUCACUUUGUUUUGGAGGCUCGCUUACACGAGAUUCACACCUCGUCGCGCCGUCUGACUCACGAGCCACUGCAGAAGCAGCAGCGGCAGUCUCUUCGGAGGGAGUUCCUCGGCGGUUGUUAUAUUCGUAGGAAUUAAAAAGAACAUACCAAUUUUUUUUGACACGCAAAAAAUAUCAAGACGUCAGCAUGGGUUCCCUGUUCCGGAGCGAGGAGAUGUGCCUGGCGCAGCUGUUCCUGCAGAGCGAGGCUGCCUACAGCUGCGUGAGCGAGCUGGGCGAGCUUGGCCUCGUGCAGUUCCGAGACCUGAACCCAGGAGUCAACACCUUCCAGCGCAGAUUUGUGAACGAUGUGCGGCGAUGUGACGAGAUGGAACGCAAGCUCCGCUUUCUGGAGAAGGAGAUGAAGCAGGCAGAGAUCCAGGUGGUCGACAGCCACUCCGAUCCCCCUGCACCAGACCCUCGGGAGAUGAUUGACCUGGAGGCAACGCUUGAGAAGCUGGAGACGGAGCUGAAUGAGGUGAAGAUCAACCACAUGACCCUGAAGCGCAACUUCUUGGAGCUGACGGAACUGCGGCACGUGCUGGAGAACGCACAGCACUUUUUGACCGAGAGGCCGGAGGUGGAGCACAAGUACGAGAACAUGCAAAGUUUCGAGCCAAUGGACGUAGCUCUGGGCAACAGAGAGCUGGGGUUCCUCACUGGCGUGAUCGGGCGGGAGAAGAUCCCGAUGUUUGAGAGAAUGCUGUGGCGGGUUUGUCGCGGGAACGUGUUCCUGCGUUACACCGAUAUUGACGAGCAACUGGAAGACCCCAUCACUGGGGACAAAAUGCAGAAAUCUGUCUUCAUCCUAUUUUACCAAGGGGAGCAGCUGAAGGGCCGUGCCAUCAAAAUCUGUGAAGGGUUCCGCGCGACCCUGUACCCGUGCCCGGAGUCUCCCCAGGAGCGCAGUCAGAUGGUGGCUGGAGUUGGCACGCGCCUCGACGACCUCAAUUCCGUCAUUGGCGAGACGGAGGGUCACAAGCGGCGCGUGCUGGAGGCAACCGCGGGCAGCCUGCCCUCGUGGCUCGUGCGAGUGCACAAGAUGAAGGCCAUUUACCACACACUCAACCUGUGCAACAUGGACGUCACCCAGAAGUGCCUCAUCGCUGAGAUCUGGUGCCCCAUCUCUGACGUGGAUAAAGUCCGCCUGGCCCUCAGCCGAGCCACGGAGCGCAGUGGCUCUACUGUGCCUUCCAUUCUAAACCGCAUGGUGAGUGAGCAAAAUCCACCAACCUUCAACCGCACCAACAAGUUUACCUCGGGUUUCCAGAACAUCGUGGAUGCAUAUGGCGUUGGUGACUACAGGGAGGUCAACCCAGCUCCCUACACUCUCAUCACCUUCCCGUUCCUUUUUGCUGUAAUGUUUGGGGAUUUGGGUCAUGGCAUCAUCAUGACAUUAUUUGCUCUCUACUUGGUCAUCUUUGAGAAGAAACUCUCCGCUUCUAGGAUCAAUAAUGAGAUCUGGACUAUGUUUUUCGGCGGCCGCUACAUCAUCCUGCUGAUGGGAAUUUUCUCCAUGUACACCGGCCUCAUCUACAAUGACUGCUUCUCCAAGUCCAUAAACAUCUUCGGCUCCAGCUGGAGUGUCAACGCCAUGUUCAACGCAAGUCAAUGGACAAAAGAAGAUUUGGAGGCACACCCAGUGCUGCAGAUGGACCCAGUUGUGCCAGGAGUCUUCAACGGACCCUACCCUUUCGGCAUCGAUCCGAUUUGGAACUUGGCCGCCAACAAGCUCAAUUUCCUUAACCCGUACAAAAUGAAGAUGUCGGUGAUCGUGGGCAUCACCCACAUGGUCUCAGGGAUAGUCCUCAGCCUCUUCAAUCACAUAUAUUUCCAGAAGCCAUGGAACAUCAUAUGUGACUUUGUUCCUGAAAUGAUUUUCAUUCUCGCGCUGCUUGGAUACCUGGUGGUGCUAAUCUUUUUCAAAUGGAUUGCGUACCAGGCCAAAGAAUCCCAACAUGCACCCAGCAUCCUCAUCAACUUCAUCAACAUGUUCCUCUUCACCUAUGACGAGAAGUUUGUGCCAAUGUAUAAUGGACAGAAAGAGGUGCAGAUGUUUCUGGUGGUGCUGGCCCUCUUAUGUGUCCCGUGGAUGCUGCUCAUCAAACCGUUUGUGCUCAGAUCCCAGAACAAAAGCAUGCAGAGGCUGCUGAUGGGCAAUGGCAGUGAGGAAGCCGGCAUCGUACAACUGGAUCAGCUGAACGUGGCGCCACCAGACCUCCACAAGGAGGAGUUCAACUUUGGCGAUGAGUUUGUGCACCAGGCAAUCCACACCAUCGAGUACUGCCUGGGCUGCAUCUCCAACACAGCUUCUUACUUGCGUCUCUGGGCCCUCAGCCUGGCACAUGCCCAGCUCUCGGAGGUGCUGUGGACCAUGGUGGUGCGUAGUGGGUUCGUCAUGAUGACUGGAUACGUGGGGACGGCUAUGGUAUUCUUCACCUUUGUCGGGUUUGAGGUGCUGACGAUUGGUGUGCUGCUCAUCAUGGAGGGCCUCUCGGCUUUCCUGCAUGCGCUGCGUCUACACUGGGUGGAGUUCCAGAACAAAUUCUACACUGGGACUGGAUACAAAUUCACGCCAUUCUCCUUCCAUCAGCUCCUGCAGGAAAAACUCCAAGAAGAGUGACACCCUGCGCUCACUGUGAUUAAACAUUUGGAUCUGAAUUGCAUGCUUGAUUGAAUUAUAUGGCGAGGUAUUCAUCCGGCAGUGGGUAGACAAUAGCUGAUGAUGAUUGCAUUAUUUUGCGGUGGCCCAAAGUGUGUUUUAUGCAAAAAUAAUCAUUAUUUUGGAGACAAAAUCUUUGUAAUGGCCAAUAAUAACAUUAUUGUUAUUAAAUACUUCCAGCAACAUUUUUAUAUUUUAGUACAUUUUUUUAGAUGAAGGCUCACAGGUCACUGCUUGCUCUAUAAAAUGUGCCAACCUAAGGCUCUAUACAAGCCGUUAUCAAAGAAAUAUAUAAUUUGUACUUUGCUUCUUGUAACUUUAACAGGUCUGUAAUUCAAUUGCCUUGUAACUUUCCACUUCGGUGCAAAGUCCUCCAUUGUAUUGCAUUUUUCUGACUACAGUGCACUAAUGUAACGAAACAAAUGAUAUUUUUUUUUACUAUCACUUAACGCCAAAAAUAAUUACCACAUUAUUCCUGAAAUAAAACAUGUCCGUUUUAUGCAGAUUAUGGUAGAUUAAAAUCUGUCAUUUAAAAAAUGUGUUAAAUUGUUUACAUGAUUUAAGUAAGGAAAUUAAAAUAAUAUUUUUAAUGGGACUUGAAAACAAAAAUAAAAGCACAGAUUGCAGACACUUUUGUCUCCUCCGGAGUUUGUAUUUUUUUAAAUGGGUUUCACUCUACAGUUGGUAGUGAAAAGUGUUUGUUAUUGAAGUCGUUUGAAACAAAAGUGACAUUGAGCAAGUCCAGAGACUACUAUAAGCCUGCUUGAACAAGCAUAGAGAAUUAUAUUUAUGAUUAUU